AUGACUGAGCCUAUUAAGGCCACGCUCGAACUGCCAUGUCUUGGUCGUCCAUUUCAACUCGGUAUGCUGUAUGAUUGUCGCACUGACAGCCUUAUCCCGGGGAUAACGCUAUGGGAUAACUCGGUAGUCAAAGCAGCUCUUAGCGAGGAAUUUCAACCCAACAGCUCUUUCGAAGUUAAAGCAGAAGACAGUGUCGCUAGCAAAAUGUCUCACCUUGGAGUUGAAGCUGGUCUGUCCUUAAGCGUGUUGUGUGGAUUAGUGCCAGUUUCAUCAGGAUCUGCGAAAUAUAUUCACGACAAAAAGUUUUCCAACAAUCAUUGUCGUGUAACUCUUAAGUUCAGCUACAGCUCUAAGUUUCAACAGUUGACAAUGGAACAGUUAGCAACAUCAAAAAUACAGCAUCCUGAAGUAUUUGAGAAGCAAACGGCCACUCACGUAGUAACAGGAAUUACAUAUGGAGCAGAAGCAUUCUUUAUAUUCGAUAGAGAGGUGGCCACUAAUGAGAAUCAUUGCAAUAUACAGGGGAAAAUGGAAAUUUUAGUUGAAACAAUUCCAAAAAUUAGCAAAGUCAAAGGGGGUGUGGCAUUAAAUAUUGGCGAUCAAGACAAAAAGGAGACAGAAAAGUUUAAUUGCAAGUUUUAUGGUGACCUAAUAUUGUCAAGCAAUCCCUCAAGUUUUGAAGAUUCUGUGAAAGUUUGCAAUGAGCUUCCAUCACACUUCCUUGGAAAGGAAGGAAGCACAGUUCCUAAGAAGGUCUGGCUAUAUCCAUUAAGUAGCCUUGACAGCAAUGCAGCUCGUAUGGUUAGAGAAAUCAGUACAAGCCUCGUCACACAAGUACAACAAGCAAUUGAUGCUCUCAAUCACAUUGAAAUCAGAAGUAAUGAUCUUAUCAACACUGAAAUUGACGAUUGCUUUGACACAUUGAAAGAUCAAGUAAUAUACUUUCAAAAAAUGAUCAAAGAGCAUAAGACAGACUUCAUGAAGCAACUCUCAGAGGUACUACCAACCAUUAGAGGAGGAGGAGCAGAAGAGCAACAACUAGCAGAUCUAUUGAGAGAAAUACACAAAUCACCUUUCAACACAAGCUCUCUGGAUAAAUGGAUCAAAAUAAAAGAAGAAGAAAUCAAAACACUUACUCAAUUUUUGAAUAAUUUGAAAGCAAUAGAAGGAGUAAAACUUUUUUUUGGUGCUGGUGAUUUUGAAUCUGCACUUAGUGAUGUUGAUCACGAUGAUAUCCUUAGCUUUGAAUUCAAAGCCUUGAAAAAAGAUGAUCCUUUUCUCCAGAGCAUGCAUUCAUUUUUACGCAACAGAGAAAUUAGUCAAGGGCCACAGAUUUCUUCUGUACCAUGGCUCAAAGCAGAAUCCAUGCAUCAAGAUCUUUGUCAUAAAAUUAAGCAAUUCUCCUUAUUCUGUGAGGCUAAUGCUGGAAGCGAGGAAGUAUCAUUCAUUGUCACAGACAGCAGUGAAGAUGAUGUCACAGAUAAAGGAGCAGUCAUAAUGCAUUAUGAGAAUGGAACACCAGUUGGUGAGUUUGAUCCCCCUGGUCGACCAGGUAAACCAAAAGCCACUAGUGUAGAGCAUGAUAGCAUAAAACUGGAGUGGAAAGCACCCUAG